AUGCCCGAUCCAACCAAGCUCCCCCGCAAACGACCCCCUUCCCCGCAGAACUGCAAAAGAUUCGAUGCGUGGAACUCCUCCUCCACCGGCCACCAGAGACACAAAGCUGGCUACGCAGGCACAGCUACAUGGCGCGAUACCCGGUCACUGAAGUUGGAGCGGCAAUUCCGGAGUGGAGACUGUCUACGUGAGGAAGAUUCUGUCCCCUCAUCGCGGUCGCGUGCAUUCGAUGGGACUUGUGGAUCACCAACGGAUGAUCAAAACAAUGACCAAGAAAACGAGCACGAAGCGGACAGGAAGAAGAACAGCUCUUUCAAUGGCCACGGGGAAUGGAGAUGGGUCAACGAUGCAGAAGCGAAGCGCUCGCAGUUAGGCGUCAGAGAUAUCCGCAGUUUCAUGGGAGUUGGUAAACGGAAAUCUGGCGACGACACACUGCGACCGAUCGAUAAGAAACAAAAAGUCACGAGUCAUGCGCCAUUGAAAGACACGGAGAACCGUGCGGAAUCAAAGCCGAUCAUGAAGAUCUCACCCACAUUACGUCCGUCCAAUGCAGAACCGGUAUCUGCGAAACCAAAUCUAUUCGUCGGCACGACAAUGUUUAUUAACGGCUCAACUCUCCCUUCAAUCUCGGACCACAAACUUAAACGCCUUCUUGUCGAUCACGGCGCUCAGAUCUCUAUUCACAUGGCGCGCAAGACCGUUUCGCAUGUGAUUAUCGGGCAGCCGAAUGCGAUUUUUAAUGAGGCGACACUUGGGGCUGGAGGAGGCCUUUCGGCUAGGAAACUUCAACAGGAGAUUGCCCGGGGCGGGUGGAAGGGUGUUCGGAUUGUUGGUGUGGAAUGGGUUCUUGAGAGCAUCAAAGCUGGGCAACGACUUGCUGAGUCUCGGUUUACCGUUUUGAACGUUGCACCGAAAGGACAGCAGAGUGUUGCUGGGAUGUUCGGCCGCAAGUAA